AACAGUGAUGGCGGACCAUGUGAUGCAUGAACUAGAGCAGGCCUCACAAGCUGUGUUGGCUGCGCCUAACAUAGUGACUCCAGAACAGAGGCAAGCUGCCGAGAGAGUCAUCUUGGAUUUCCGCAAGCGGAAACUGCCAUACAGCAUUUGUAGAUACAUUUUAGAGACCAGCAAGAAUGACUACUGCAUGUUCCAGUCAGCCACUACCAUUAAGGAAGGGAUCAAGCCAGAGAAUGGACGCUUGCUGUCCUGCAGAGGAUGUGGAGUCACCCGAUCCUUUCUUCUUGGAUACACAUUACAAAGAAUAUCAGCCUCCAGAGUUAUGUGUGAGAGAGCAGAUCCCCUUCAGACAGUGGCAGUCAUCCCUCAAACGCUGCACCUCGGGACACCAAGGGCACUCCCGGCUGUGACAGCCCUUUGCCGAUAG